UAUUAAUAGAGCAUGCCAAGAAUAAAAUGGCCUUGGCGUUUGCAGCCACGUCGACGGGGACAACUGGAAGCCCAGCUGAGGGGAUAUACAUAUCCGCACAGCCACGUAGAAUCCGGGGCGACGGGGCCUACGUUCAAGUCCCACUCGGCAUCGUUAUCGCGACCACUGAGAAGAAUCCGUUGGUAAGAGGUACUCUUAGCCCCGUCUCUCUACCAUCUCUGCUAAUCUUAUUGUCUCCUCUCGACCCCAUCAUCGGGUCAUGAUGUGCACGCUCGCACCAACCUGCGCUCAGCCGCGCUUUGCGGUCAGCAGCCAAGACCCGACUAUGGCUCCGUCGGCAACCCAGCCUUAUGUCGUCAUUUGCCAAGACCGCCGCUUCUCUAGCCUGCCUCGCAGCGGUCACGAUGGCGACUCCUCUUAUGAAGCGAGGCGAAUGGGACUGCCCAACGGGCAACGUCUUCUACUCAUGCUCAAACGGAUACCGCGGGUGCUUCGAAAAGGACCCUUGCGCUCUUCCUCCAGCUGCCACGACCUCUCUUGCCUCUCCUAGCACCACUACCACCUCCAUCGCCAGCUCCAGCACUUCUUUCGUCGCUGCUGCUUGCCCGAACGGGACUAAGGGUAGCGUCUGGCAACCGUCUAUGUACAACCUAUUCCCGGAAGACCCUGACCAUUCGGAGCCGUCCGUCUCUUUCAUAAACGUCUCCACCCGGGAGAACAAGCCACCGGUAGAACAGGCGAUUGUCUUCCGGGGCAUCCCGUCCGAGGCCAAGACGUGCAAUAUCAACUGGGACCAAGCCGCCGAGUCGGAGCGCAACUUCACCGUCGAAGACAGCGGCUACGUCUCCCUCCUACAGUUAAACGGCUUCCCUUACGGCGAGCCCGUCUCCUCAUCCAGCGUAGCCGCCUUCGAGCCUGCGGGCGCCAAGCCUGUGCACGGCGACUUCACCUUCUGGGACAAGCAGUCCAAGACCGCCUGGCCUCACUUCAUCGGCCCCGUCAACUGCAGCUCGGAGAUCUACUUCCGGCUCGCGCUCGACACCCUCUCCGGCUUCGGCCACGUCUUCAUGGACCAGGACAAGAAGAACGGCUUCCACAUCGACUACACGUGCUAAAUGAAAAGGAAGGAAAUCGGGGGUGUUUGCAUUACACCGGUACGGAUUCGGAAAACUCACUCAUUUACGAUCAUGCAUUAGCGUUGGCGUUUUAAGAUGGCAUUUGCAUAUGAAUCACGCUCCUUUACCGAUAUUUAGAGGGACUGUGUUUAUUUUUAAUUCUAUAAUUACUUAAUAUUACACGUAAAAUAUAAUUUUACAUUCACAUCA